AUGCGGCUAGGCUGGUACGCCGGGGUCUCCACCGCCCUUGCCGGCUCCGUGGUCCUCUCGGCCUUUCACCAGAGACCCAACUUCUACUCGGCUAUGGUCUAUCUAUCACAGAGCAACUUUUGCCUGCUGGUCCUGGUGAACUUUACAUUAUUCCUUUACAGCAGCUUCCUCUACGGCCUCACGCGACUGUGCUUCGGCCACCUUCGAGCCAUCGAGGUCGAGCAGCUGACGGAGCGGGCCUGGUUCGCCAUCACCGAAACGUGCCUGGCCAUGACGAUAUUCCGCGAGGAGAUUGGCGCCUGGUUCCUCAUCAUGUUCACCGCCCUGGUGAGCGGCAAGAUCUGGGGCUGGAUCGCCGAUGGCCGCGUCGACAUACUCGAGCAGCAGCCGCCCGCCAACCCACGCCUCUUCCACCUGCGCCUCAGCUUCUCCGUCCUCUUCAGCGUCGCCUACGACAUACUCAUCCUCCGCUACGCCGUCAACACCGUCAUCCAGCAGGCCCGCCCCAACAUGAUGGUCAUGUUCCUCUUCGAGUUCGCCGUCCUGUCCACCGCCUCGGCCCGCACCGCCCUGCGCUAUCUCCUCUCCGUCACCGAGCAGAGCAUCAUCAGGUCCCAGACCGACUCCCGCCUAGCCGAGAGGAGGCGCGAGGUCAGGGCCCAGAGGGAGUCCAUCCUGCGUCAGAGGGAGCAAGCCGCCGCCGCAGGCGAGGAACCCUCCGCCGCCGCCGCUCAGGAACCCCUCCCCAACGAGGAUGACGUUGAUGAGAUGGACAUUGAGGUGCCCGGCUGGGCUGCCAAGGGUGAAUGGGUGCUGUGGCUGGACCUCUUUACCGAUAUGAUCAAGUUGGCCAUCUACAGUGCCUUCUUCUUCAUGCUCCUCGUCUUCUAUGGUCUGCCCAUCCACAUCAUAAGGGACCUGUUCAUGACAUCCCGGGACUUCCUCAAGAGGCUGAAUACCCUCCUGCGCUACCGCCGGGCUAUCCAGGAGAUGAACCAGUACCCCGACGCCACGGCCGAGGAGCUGGCCGAGGAGAACACCUGCAUCAUCUGCCGCGAGGAGAUGCACCCCUGGGACCCCGUCGCCAAUCCGGGUGCCGUCGACCGGGUCCGACCGAAGAAGCUUCCCUGCGGCCACACCCUGCACCUCGGCUGUCUCAAGAGCUGGCUGGAGAGGCAGCAGGUCUGCCCCACGUGCAGGAGCCCGGUCGCUUCGGACCGCAACCGCCCCGCCCCCGCCGGCAACCGCCGCCUCGGCCUCCGCAUACAGCUCGGUGGUCCGGCGCAGGCGGCGCAGGCGGCGCAACCACAGCAGCGGCCGCAGCCGGGUCCUGGCGGGCCUGCAGACCGUCACCCCCAGCACGGCGGCGUGCAGCACCAGAACCCCCAGCUAGGCCAGGCCCCGCCGCAGCCCGCACCGGGCGACCGUCCUCGCAUCUUCAACCUCGGCCCUCUGCGGCUGGGCUUCGGUGCUAACGGCGCUCAGGUGCGCGAGCUGGCCCGCCAGUUCGGCAUGCCGCAGCCGCCAGCCGCGGCUCACGCCACCAACGGCGCCCAAGCGGCAGGAGCGGCCACCCCCACCUCCCAGCCGGGCACCGUCCCCGGGGACAACCUGCAGACGGCGGCAUCUCUCCUCCUCCAGGCGGAGCAGGCUCUCCAGAGCGAGAUGCAGUCUCUCAACCUCCGCCAGCAUGAGCUCCAGACCAGCCAGCUCCUCAUGGCGGAGAUACAGCGACUGCGCCAGCGCCAGCAGCAGCACGACCAGAUCCAGCCCCAGCUUCCCAACAUGACGCCUCUGAUCCCGCCCAACGCGGCGACGUUUCCCCACGCGCCGUUCGGCCCGCAAUUCCCCCCCGGGUUCGCCGGCGCCAUCCCCGCCCGGGCGAGCAGCCCCUUCCUCGGACGUCACGGGACGUCAGCGUACACCACGUCCAUCCCCGCGGGCAGCCCAGACCUCCCCGAGGGAGUGGUCCUGCCGCCCGGGUGGUCACUCAUGCCCCUCCAGCGUCUGGACAAUGUCCGACAGCCAUCCCCCCAGCCAUCACACACCCACGCCUUCUCACCUGCACCGCCCGCAUCUGUACCCCCACCACCCCCAGCAGCCGCUGCUGCUGCCGCCGCCGCCGCCGCCGCCGCCGUACCACCUUCCCCCGCGACAGCAGCGGGGGCCGAGCAACAGCAGGACGCCACCUCCUCCACCGCCGGAGCGGGAAGACCCCGAGCCGCGGAGAUGACGGCGGCGUCCCGGACUGACGGCGGCCCCAGCUCGCCGCGCCCCUCGGCCCCCCGCGCGGAGCCGACGCCAGUGAUCAGCCCGAGCCCCGUGGCGCCCAACUGGGGCGCCUCGACGCAGCUUUUCGGCACGGCGAGCAGCAGUGCCAGCCGUCUAGACCCGGGCGACACCGCGUCGCAGGCUGGGUCGGCAGGUUCGGUGUCGGGGAGUACCACCACCACCCAGGCUAGGACUGCCACGGUGGAGGAUGCAUCUGAUGGGUCUGAGGAGGAUGAUUGA